AAUGUAUAUUCUAGAUUAGACACACAUCUUACACAUACUCUGCAAUUAUUGUUAUUUUCUGUUGAGUUAUUAAAUAUUGCAUUGCCGAAAUGGAGUUGUAUUUCUCUAUAUGUAUAUGGAUGUAUUUGCAAGUACUUAUUGAUACGGGCUUGAGCUGUCCAGCAAGUUCUCCUCUACUAUUCCAAAGGGAACAUGACGUAAUAAAUAUUUCAAUGAGUACAACUGUAAACACUCAAGGCGUUGUAAGCUACCAGAUUCGGAAGGACGAAACCCCUUUAAUGAGUAUAGAUUUCUAUAACGGUGCGGUUUUGCAACAGGAGCCAUGCGCGCAUGUAGACUGCACGUUUUCCGGAAAUGCUGCCAACGGUGACCUUUCCAUCACGUUAUCUAAUGUACAGAUAACGUCAGCAGGGACCUAUAAAGUCAUCGAAGUCCAAUCCAAAGAAGAAAAGGCGUGCACAACACUUUUUGUACUCGGACCACCAGACCGGCCUUUAGUUUCGUUAAACAAGAACCCUUCCGUCGGUGAAAAUGUCAAUGUCACCUGCAGUAGUACCUCCACAACAAUACCGACAAACCACGGGCUUAGUUUAUCCUACACCUGGACGAUAGAUGGUCAAACAAACCCUGUGGGAACACGUUACACAUACUCUGCUUCCAGACACCGACUUACUAUCUCUAAAGUGCACAAGACAGACAACAUAAUUGUAUUGAAAUGCUCGGCAACCGAAGUCGUAACAAACGGUUACACGUCGUCCGAGAGCUUGGGAUUUCCCUUCAACGUGCUGUACGGUCCAGACAGUGUAAGGUUUAGCCCCGCUGCCACGUCCUAUGAGGAGGCCCUUAACUCUGUUCUUGACCCAGUCACGUGCCAAGCUGACUGUAACGGAUGCAGUUUCGCGUGGUCACGAGGACAUACCACUAUUGUUAACACAGAUGUGCUUAGUUUGGAGGCGCUGUCAGUGGACGAGGCAGGCCAGUAUACGUGUACGGCUUCUAGAACUGGGGCUGCACGAAGGAACAAAACACUCAGUAUUGCAGUCAUACAUGGUCCGAGUAGCGUGUCUUUGAUCCCAGCUGACACCCUUUACACGGUUGGUAUUGGUGGAGCCAUAGGAACAGUGACAUGCUCAGCGCAUUGUUGGCCUUGCUCCUACACUUGGACUGGGCCCGGCUCGUUUUCAUCAUCAGAACCAACCAUUAGUCUAAAAGGUAUAACAAAAGUGUCGGACGGAAGGUACACAUGCACUGCAAUCAAUGAAAGGUCGUCGAUCUCCAGCUAUGCCUACAUUGAUGUUAACGUUCUCUACGGACCAAAUAGCAUAACUUUCAACACAUCCUCAGCUACCAUCAGACAAAGGGAGGGCUCAUUGUUUCUGCCAGUUGAAUGUCAGUCCGAUUGCAAGGGCUGCACGUUUACGUGGAACAAAGACGGUGCUCCGUUAACAAGCACAGCUAUUUUGGAUCUGGCUACAUUACAAAAAUCGGAGGCUGGUGUAUAUUCGUGCACAGCCUCAACGACUGGAGCACGCUCAAUGCACAAACAACUUGAAGUCCAAGUUAUAUAUGGACCUGAUCAUGUAGCUGUCCUUCCGGCCAAUACCCUGUAUGUACUGAACGACGGAAACACUAUGGACAGCGUAGUUUGUUCAUUUGACUGCUUCCCGGAAUGUUCUCUUAUGUGGGUACCGUCUCUGUUAAGUAACCAAGGAAACCUCAGUCUAGGCGUCCUACACAAGGAGUCUGCCGGGGUGUACACAUGUGUAGCAAGUAACCCGGAAUGGAGUGAGAAAUCUGUUAAUGUUACCAUUACAGUCCGGGUUAGAUAUGGCCCGGACAGCGCAGUUCUAAACUUUGCUUCUCCUUUCACCGUGACGGAAGCGGAAUACAUUCAAAGUUUCGAUUGUACUUCCGACUGUUGGCCUGGUUGUCGACAGAAAUGGAUGAAUGCUGCAAAUGUUACAUUACAAAAUACUGGCACACUCGCUCUUGGAAAAGGUACCAGAGUCAAAUCUGGAUUAUACGUAUGCGUCUCCGAAAAUAACGCCGAAGAAUACAAGAAGAUAGCCCAUGCCUCAUUGAUGUUGAUAGUCGAAUAUGCUCCUGAUGUGUUCAUAAGCCAGUCGAUUACUGUUUGGAAAGAAAACACCCCCCUUGAUCUUCUGUGCAAGGCAUCAGGUGUGCCAGCUGUGUACAACUACACCGGCUUUGUGCAGAGAGUAGGUGCUGUGGUGAUUCCAAACAGUCACGCGGAGCACCCGGGGGUUAAGGAAAGCAUAUCUGUCAACAUUCCAUCUCUUCAACUUCAGGAUACCGGGACUUAUACUUGCAACGUCCAAAAUGGAAUUACCGGUGUUAACAAACAACUAGUUCAGACAGCAUCACAAAGGAUCGAUGUCCGAGGCAGACCUUUUCCGGCAACAGAACUGACGAUAAAAUCAGUGAACGACACAGUUACCCUUGAGUGGAAAAAGGGUUUCAAUGGAGGAGAUGAACAAACAUUUGUUUUGCAGACGUCGCUUAAUUCAGAUGGUGUUUGGAUGAAUAGAACCACCAUUCUCGAAUCUGAAUCAAAGUAUGUAAAGAACACUGGAAGAUAUCAGGUGAAUCUUACAAACCUAGCUCCAGGAAAAUACUCCGCUAGACUUGUGACUUUGAAUAGUAAAGGAGCUGCUGAUCCUAUUACAUUUAAAGAAACCUUUGAAGUCAUGGAAUUGAACACGGAAGCCACAUCUCGAACCAACGUCGUUCCAGUCAUUGGAGGAUCUGUUGCAGGAAUAGUUACAUCACUAGUUUUGGUGAUAGUCAUUUUGUUCGUCAUUAGACGAAAGUACACUUUUGUCUGCUCAUGCAAACUGGCUAAAAGGGAAGAUCUAUAUAAGAACACAAGUAACGACCAGAGAAUGUAUACACACGGUGUUGCCGAAUCUGGAUACAACGCAGCUCAAACUUAUGAGGCCAUAUCUAUGACAACGAACACCCAGUUUUACGAUGCUUUAAAAAACGGAGAUAACGGAGCAAACAACUCAGACAUGUUGAAUGAGGCGAGUGCAAAGCCACUUCCAUACUACGGAAAUGUGAAAAAGGGCGAUACAACAUUGUAAUAACAAAAUUACACUAAUGUGAAGAACGUGCUUGUAUUGAAACAAGCAACUCAAAAUAGCAGACGUGGCAAAUUUUAUUGGACAAACAAACAUGGUGUUUAAAUUAUUAUGUUUAAUAGUUAAAAAUAGACAAAUAGCAUAAUUAUGGAAGAGUUUAUCUUAUACAAUGCUGAUAUGAUCAACAACAACUGUGUAAUGUUAACAUGAUGAUAUAUUACAUCGAGAUAUCUAUUUUAAUAAACCUGUGUCAGUUGUACACUCUAUCCAUCUAUGUCAUAUGAUACAAUAUUCUUGUUUUAAAACAUGUUCUAUACCGUUUCUUCAUGUCCAUUUCAGUAACAUGUUGUUUUUUCCGAAAUAACGUUUUAUUACAAGUUUUAUAAAGAUGUUUUACAUAGUACUUUACUGUUUAUAAUCUUGUUACACUCCUUUCCUCCAUGAUAAUUUUAGAAUGUAUUACUUUGGAUUUGUUAAAAACAUUCAAGAAGUUCCUAUUUGUUCCAUGUGUAGAAGAUCAACAACAAAGACAUAAUAAUGCUGCAAAAUGUGAGAGUUAACACAAAACAAAAAAAUACCUAAAUUCAUGAUCUUUGAGAAAAAAAGACAAUCACAAUUAACGACAUUUUUGUAUUAAUACCCAUUUAAUUAGUAUAAAGUCAUUUGAUUACAUAGGCGUGCAGAUACUCAACAAUAGCAAGUGGUUAAGAUCAAGAGUAAUUUAAAUGGCUCCCAAAAUAGGGCACUCGCUUCUUUUUCAACUGAUACAAACAAACCUAUAUUGAUGGUCGCAUAUGAACUCGACGGUAUCAAUUGAAAAAAAUGACAGUUACAUUUAACCAAAUGACAACCAUAGUUUGAAGACAUAAUUUACUUCUCAUAAUUCGUUUGUUUUGUAAAGGGUACAUUUAUUAGUAUGAGAUCAAAAUUAAAAAGUUAGUUUUUAAAUAAAAAAAAAUAC